AUGGCAUCAGCGUACUUCUACGGUCAGCAUCAGCAACAGCAACAUCAUGGUGUUGUCAAUGCUCACAUGCAACCAUCCAACAAUCACCACGGUGGUCGCCGAAGAGGGCCUCGCAGCAUGGCCGCUCAAAAUGGACAGCGGCAGUCUCGCAGUGUAAAGACCAUGCGGGAAAUGGUCGAAGCUCCUACUGUUACGGCUUUCCGUCAGCGUUUCGAGGCCGGUCGCUCGUUUGAUUUGGAUGAUGAUCUAGAAUUCUGUCCCAAUUUGCUUACCGAAGACGAUUUGCACUCUAUCAACUCAUCUGCUUCUGAUCGCUCAUCCCUGUCCAGUGGCUCUCCAGAGUCCUCUCCUCUGCAGCACCAGAUCCAACCCGCCCAGCAACAGGUGACGCCAAGCAUUUCGCUCUCACCCGGUCCUUCCACAUCCCAAUAUGUCAAUAAUGUUGCCACGGCCGCCAUGAAUCAUAAUAUUAAUGCCAUGCAUUUCCAGCAGCCCGCGGCUGCUCGUGCCCGAAAAGUCAUUCCGAUUGUGAACCCACAAACCGGCAUUACUCUUGCCAGCCCUCCCACUUCGAUCAACCCCAGCAUGAUGCAGAACCAGCGUCGGUGGUGA